AUGACCUCAGGCAGUAUGAUGGCUCUAGCCUUGCCCAGAGACGGAGGCAGGAGAGCAGGCCGACAGGCGGGCAGGGGAAGUGGACAGGGCCUGCGGAACAUUUCUGCCUGUCUGACAGGCAGACGGACAGACGGCAGAACGGACACACGGGCGGCGGCUGUGCUAGGCGGCUCGGCGGCAGGCUGGUGGAAGAUGUCGUCAGGAGCCGGUGGGAGGGGGGGCAGGCGGCUCAGAGGGACGGUGGGAGGUGGGGGUGGUGGAGGGAGAAGAGGGGCCGGGGAAGCGGAGGAAGGCCCCGUGGGGAUCCCUUUCCCUGAGCACAGCGCCGACAUCCUGGGAAGCCUGAACAAGCAGCGGCUGAGCGGCCUGCUGUGCGACGUGCUUCUGGUCUCCCAGGACCGGGAGUUCUCAGCUCACCGAUCCGUCCUGGCCUCUUGCAGUUCCUACUUCCACAAGCUGUUCACUUCAGGGGCCGUCGCUACCCAACAGAAUGUCUACACCAUUGACUUUGUGGCGGCGGAGGCGCUGGGAGCGCUGCUGGACUUUGCCUACACGGCCACGUUGACAGUCAGCCACAGCAGCGUGGCCGACAUCUUGGCUGCCGCCCACCUGCUGGAGAUCUCGCCUGUCCAGGACGUCUGUACGCACCUACUGGACACCAAAGUGCUCUCCCCGCCGGCGGGCAGUGAGCAAAGAGAUGAAGAUGAAGAUGAGGAGAAUGGGACAGGCAGAGGAGGCAGGGAGCAGGGGAACCGGCUACGGGCCCAGGAGUACCUGGAGUACUUCCAGAGAGGGGCGCACUGGAGCAGCAGCUGCAGCACACCAGAGCUCAGGGACCUGCCCACACAGCUGCACUUUAACCAUGGCAACGGAGGGUCCCACAGCAAUGGGGCCCCCGGGGGCCCCACUGAGUACUACUCUCCCUUGGCCCUCGCCUUGGCCCAGGUCCCCGCUCAGGAGCCAGAGGAAGAGGACGAGGAAGAAGAUGAGGAGGAGGAAGGGGAAGCAAUGCAGAGUGAAACUAGAAACUGGCUGCGGGGCAAUGGAGGAGGCCUUGGUUCAUCUUACUACCCCUCCUCCCAGAACGGUCACUUCUACCUCCCCACUGAGUCCAGGCAGGGGCAGGAGACAGAGGCCAAGGACCGAAGUAGGGAGGAGGUAGAGCGGGAUCGUGGCUCGGCCAGCGCCCUCCUGCAGCAGAUGAUGGAAUCCAUCAAGAGGCAGAGGGGGAGCACGACAGCCGGGGAGGAGCAGGUGGAGGGAGAAGACCCAGACAUGGACUUUUACUUGAAUUAUUUUAACAGCACGCAGCAUGAGGAGGCAGCAUCUCCCGUUGUGACCCAGGGAUUGCUGCCCCUCUGGUCAUCGCGGGGCAGUGCAGGCCACGAAAGGAGAGGAGGUGGGGGCAGUAGUGAGAGGGGGGGCAGCGGGGGCGGAAGAGGGGGAGGGGGUGGAGGAGAGAGGAAGAUGCGAUCAAAGGCCUUCCAAAAGUGCCCCAUAUGCUCCAAGGUCAUUCAGGGAGCAGGCAAGCUACCCCGCCACAUCCGAACGCACACAGGAGAGAAACCCUAUGAAUGCGCCAUCUGCAAAGUGCGCUUUACCAGGCAGGACAAGCUCAAGGUUCACAUGCGGAAACAUACGGGAGAAAAGCCUUACCUGUGUGCGCAGUGCGGGGCCGCCUUUGCCCACAACUAUGACCUGAAGAACCACAUGCGUGUACACACCGGCCUGCGCCCCUACCAGUGCUCCAGCUGCUUUAAGACUUUCGUGCGCUCAGAUCACCUGCACCGUCACCUCAAGAAGGACGGAUGCAACGGCAUCCCCUCCCGUCGGGGUCGAAAGCCCCGAGUGCGAGAGUCCGGGCUGCUUGAGACCCCGCUGAGUUUGCUGAGCCCCGGUCCCGCUGUCGGUGCCGGGCCUCGCAGCAUCAGGGGCCGACGGAGCUCGGAGGCAACCUCGGCUGCAGAGGUGGAGGGGUCCAUCGGGACCCUUGCUCUCAGUCCUCAGUCGCAGGAGAGGGUGGGGGAAGCGGGGCCCUGAGACUCCCAAUGUUUAGGAGGAGGAGGAGGAGGAGGAGGAGGAGG